AUGUGCAGCCUUGCUUACCGUCAAUUUUGUUCUCUAGAAUCUGCGGUAGCACGAUUUCACCUCCAGACAUUUCAGGCUGCUCCGGCAUUCCGACGCUUAUUUCGAGCCCCCUAUCUGGAUAAUUUCCACCGAACACCGCAUUACAACCCCACCAUAGGCGCUGUUCCUUCACCAGACAAUAUGGCAGACCCAGACCAUAUGGCGGAGUUCCAGAAGCUCUCCAAUAACUAUGAACCGGAUUUACAGGGUCCCCUCGUUGGUCCAAAACAGUCCAGCGGCACGAUAACCUCCGAAUAUGCAAAUGCAGAUCCGAUAUAUGUUGCAAAAACUAUUGCACUCUCACACACCCAUUCUCAUUAUCGUGUUAUGAAAGGGGAUGGAAACUGUGGAUGGAGAGCAAUUGCUUUCGGAUAUUUCGAGACUUUGUUCAACCUGAGAGAUGCUGCAAAAGUGACCCAAGAAUUGGCGCGGAUGAAAUCCUUGAAUGAGCUUUUGGACUCCACUGGAUGCCAAGAGCAUCUCUAUGAAAUGUUCGUUGAUGCAACGGAGGAGCUUCUUACCCGUAUAUCUCAGGAGAUUGAGAAAGGAAGCUAUGACGAUUCAUUCCUCUUUCAAGCGUUUAAUGAUGAAUAUAAUUCAUCUUCUAUCAUUAUGCAUUUUAGGUUGGUGACUAGUGCAUGGAUGAAGUUGAAUCCGAGUCGCUACGCGGACUUCCUCGGAAUUCCCCUUGUUGACUACUGCACAAGAACAAUCGAAACUGUUAAAAGUGAAAUCGACCAAAUUGGGAUUCAGGGGCUGUUCGACGGAGUCAUUGGAGCGUCCGGAUUUGCCAUUGAGAUUCUUUAUCUGGAUAGGAGUGAAGGAACUCAAGUAACCCCACAUUUGCUCUCACCCAAUAAUCCUAUAGCGACGAUCAUGCUUCUUUAUCGACCGGGUCACUACGAUCUUCUUUACCGAACCGAGCAGCCAAUCCAAAACCAGGAAAUAACCCAGGUCAAUUACCAAUAUUCUAUGACUUCUGACUAUGCCUCUUGGUAUUCAAAUGCCCUGCCAUUUGAUCUAAACCCAACUUUGAUGGCCAUACCGAGUCUCCCAUUCGACACGACCAGUGUUCCGUCGCCACUGCAUGCCAGCCAGUCGCACACAUAUCCCAUGCACAUCAACUCUAGUAUUCGCCCUCCACUAGCUCCUCGGUCUCCACCAGCUCUAUCCGAACAUUCUUCAUUCCCCGGUUUCCACAUCAGCCGAGUUUCCACUCCGGGUAAAUCCUCAGAGCUCCAGAUCAGGAUGAACCCCUUAGUAUGUGAACCGAUGAAUACUCUCCCGCUGACGUCUGUACCAUUCCGCAAUUCUCCUAAUAACCUUGCACAUUUCCAAAACCCCGAUUUCCAGCCAUCUCAAUGGGACCCAAACGAGGAGUAUAAGUAG